AUGCUUGUCCUUCGUGUGGAGGGUGGUGGUGGAGGAGGACUGGAGGAUAUCGAGGCCGAAGCAGUGUGGAAAUCAAGAGAUAUUGCAAAUAAGAAGUCCAUCGAGGACGGGGGAAUAGCCAGAGUGAAACCCGUGCUUGUUGAUGUCGCCUUGAUGUCGUCGUGCUCAGGUUAUUGCCAACUCCACAAGUAUUUCAAGGUAUGUUUGGUCUGUAACAUUAACCUCGAGCCAGAACCAGAACAGACGAAGAAAGGAACCACCGGCACCAGGGGAUAUAUUCAGCUACGUAGUUUGUAA